CCGGCGCGUCGCCCGAGCAACAAGCGGGGAAACGGCCGGCGGGGAGGCGCGGCCGGGACGCUGGCAGCCAGUUAGUCGGGGCCUGCGGGAGCUCGGACCCGGGACCCUUGGGGAACUGCGGGCGCGGAGAAACAUGGCACUGCCCACGCUGCCCUCCUCCUGGUGCAGCUGGAGGUUCCUGGACCAGCAGGUAGCCCGGCAGCAGCACCGAGAGCAGGAGGCCCGGCUGCGGCAGCAGUGGGAUGAGAACAGCCGCUACUUCAGGAUCUCCUCCGUCUGCAGCGCCAAGCUGGCCGAGUGGAGCUCCCAGGCCUCCUACCAGCGGAGCAUGCACGCCUACCAGCGCGAGAAGAUGAAGGAGGAGCAGCAGAGGCAGCUGGUGGCCAGGCGGGAGAGACUCCAGCAGCUCCUGCUGGAGGAGCAGGACCUGCUGGCCAGGGAACUGGAGGAGCUGAGGCUGAGCAUGACCCUGAGGGAGCAGAGAAUUCGGGAGCAGCACAGGACUCUGAAGUCAGCCCGGGAAGAGCAGAGGAAGCUGAUUGCGGAGCGGCUUUUGUAUGAACACUGGAGGAAGAAUGACCCCAAACUCCGAGAGGUCGAGUCGGACCUUCACAAGCAGCACGUGAUCGCCUCCUGGGAGACACAGAAAGAAGAGAGAAAGCAGCAAGAAGCCGUGGAGGAGGAAGAGAACAAGCGGUAUGAGAAUGAAUAUGAGACGGCCCGCAGGGAGGCCCUGGGACGGAUGAAAGCAGAGGAGGAGCGGAGGCAGCUGGAGGACAAGCUGCAGGCGGAGGCGCUGCUGCAGCAGAUGGAGGAGCUGAAGGUGCAGGAGCAGGAGGCCGCCAAACUGAAGACGGAGCGGGAGAACCUGCUGAGGCAGCGGUGGGAGCUGGAGCGGCUGGCGGAGGAGCGGGAGCGGACAGCGGCCCUGCGGCAGAAGGCGGAGCUGGGACGUUUUUUGAGACAUCAAUAUAACGUGCAGCUCAACAGACGAGCACAGCAGAUCCAAGAGGAACUGGAGGCGGACAAGCGCAUCCUGCAGGCGCUCCUGGAGGAGGAGGAGGAGACCCAGCGGGAGCACUCGGCGCGGCGGGAGCAGGCCCUGGCGGACGCGGCGUGGAUGCAGCGGGUCCUGGAGCAGCAGCUGCAGCGGGAGCGGGAGCAGGAGGCGGAGCUGCAGACGCUGCUGAGGGAGGAAGCCAAGGAGAUGUGGGAGAAGAGAGAGGCCCAGUGGGCCCGAGAGAGGAGCGCCCGGGACAGGCUGAUGGCCGAGGUCCUGGCAGGGAGACAGCAGCAGAUACAGGAAAAGAUUGAACAGAACCGACGGGCGCAGGAGGAAUCCCUCAGACACAGGGAGCAGCUUAUUCAGAACCUGGAGGAGGCCAGAGAGUCAGCUCGGCGAGAGAAAGAGGAGAGUGAAGAACUGAAAUCGGCCAGGAAGCAGGAGCUGGAAGCCCAGGUGGCGGAGCGCCAGCUGCAGGCCCAGGAGGCGGGCCAGCGGGAGGCAGAGGAAGAGGAGGCGGCGAGGCGGGCAGAGCAGCUCACCAGCGCCCGGCUGCAGCAGGAGGCGAGGACGAUGGCCGAGCAGGGGUACCGGCCCAAGCCUUACGGACAUCGCAGGAUUGCUUGGAACUGACGCCCUGGGCUCGGGGAGCUGAGCUGAGGCGUGAGGCCGUGACGUGCUGCCAGCCGACGGCGUGACCGGCCUGGCUGGUGCUGGGCCGCUGGCGGAGCUCCGCGCGGUGCGGUCAGGUUAAGAGGACGGAGGGCUGGACAGACGGACGCCGGCGGAGGCCUCCCCUGCCUGUCCUGGGAGGAAAGGCCACGGCCACGGCCCGUCCGCUCCGAGUGACGUAGGCUCCGAGUCCACGAGGGGUUACGAGCUGUGUCCACAGCGGGACCCAGCGUCUCCUGCCGUCUCGCCCUCGUGGUCAGCUCCAGGGACGCCUCCAGCCAGAGAGAGGAGGGAAGGUGCCUAAUUUUUUAAAUUGCAAUUUAAAUGUAUCCUAUUGAAGACAAGCGUGUGGCCCCAGAAGGAUCGCAUCUUGUUUUCUGAGAACUGUGAACCCUGAGACGGUCUGACGUGGUCCAGGGGUGCUUUCUGGAACGGGGCAAGAAGUGCGUCUUUCGGGGGCAUUUUGGUGGGAUUUCCAAUGACACUGUGUGGGGAGGGGUGGGAUCAGUCACUGAGCCUCAAAGGGCGCGCGCGCGGAUGGCUGAGCUCUUGAAAUGACACUUUGGACCUUUAGUGCCGUAGGAAGGUCUCGGCUCCGCACAGUCUCCGGAGAUUUAAGCGCCAGAGGAAGGAGGGGGCACUGACCUGAGGAAAUGAGGUCAGACUCACCAUAGACUCCUCUUCCCACGGUACCUCAGUGGGACAGUUCUAGACUAACCUGCACUUAGCUACAAGAAGUUCCUUGCAGCACGUUUUAUGACUUGCAUUUUUUGUAUCCUUCUAUCAAGUUUGUUUUCAUUAUAUUGUGUUCAAGAAUCCAUGUCAGUAAAUUAUAGCUGAUUACUGUUC